AUGGAGGCCUGGUUCGUAUCCAUGUGCUUCUGCCUCGCGGUUGUCUUCCACCAAGCUUCCGCUAUCAGCGGAGGGGCGUCUGUUCCCACUGUUCUCAAGGUCGGAAGGAAAGAGAAACUCCGAGGCGACCUUACUGGAGCUGUGCCCACACAGAAGGCCUUCCGGAGUCCGCUCGGAUGGAACAGCUGGAACCACUUCCAGUGCAGUAUCACCGAAGACAUGGUCAAGACUGCAGCUGACAAUCUCGUGUCAUUUGGGCUAGCAGCCCAAGGCUACGUCUACGUCAACAUUGAUGAUUGCUGGCAAGCCGACUCUAGGGAUUCCCAGGGUCGCCUGGUGGCAUCUCCGGUCUCCUUCCCGUCGGGCAUCAAGGCGCUAGCAGACUAUGUGCACAGCAAGGGCCUCAAGCUGGGCCUCUACUCCGAUUCCGGGAAGCGCACGUGUUCAGGCAAGCCAGGGUCACUCGGGCAUGAGGCGAUUGACGCCCUCACCUUUGCUGAAUGGGGAGUGGACUAUGUCAAAUACGACAGGUGCUACGACGAUGGAGCUCCCACCAAGAGAAGCCAUGCGGCCAUGCGCAAUGCCUUGGAGGCCACUGGGAGAGACAUCUCGCUCUCCGUGUGCCAAGGACAGGACAGCUCUGCUCUGUGGGCGUAUGGGUUGGCGGAUCCCUGGCGCACCACCCUUGGCACUGAUGACACGUGGAGGAGUGUCACUUGGGUUUCGGAUGCCAACAACAAGUGGGCCAAAUAUGCCGACCCUCGCAGCUGGAAUGACUUGGACAUUCUGCAGGUGGUGAAGCUCGGCAUGGGAGAGUCGGUGUACCAUGUGCACUUCAAUCGCUGGGCCAUCAUGAAGCAUGUGGCAAAGGGUGGCAUGGGAGAGUCGGCGUACCAUGUGCACUUCAAUCGCUGGGCCAUCAUGAAGAGGUGA